AUGAUAACAUCUGUAAACGGGCAAUCCUUCCAGUCAAAGCAGGCUUCUCAAAGAGUUACAGGUAUCUAUACUACCAGACUGAUGUACCAAGAGUUGAGAGGAGAUAUGGUUUGUGUUCCCUGGAGAAAUUUGACCAAAAGAGGCGUUCUUGGAAAAGUGCUUGCUUAUAUGUACACCAUUGAGUUCCAAAAGAGAGGAUUACAUCAUGCCCAUAUAUUGUUGUUUUUGCAUCCUUCAAACAAAUAUCCAACGCCCGAUGACAUUGACAAGAUCAUUAGUGCGGAAGUCCCCGAUCCCAGAAGACACCCUCGGUUAUACAAUUUGGUAAAAUCUCACAUGGUCCAUGGUCCUUGUGGUUUGGAAAAUCUCAACUCACCUUGCAUGAAGGAUAACAAGUGCACCAAGUUUUAUCCUAAGAAAUUUCAGCCUACGACUAUAGUGGAUCACGAGGGCUAUCCGGUUUAUAGGAGAAGAAACAACGGAUACACAAUUGAAAAGAACGGCAUCAUCUUUCAUAGUGGUCAUGUGGUUCCUCACAAUCCAAGUUUGCUGUUGAAAUACGAAGCCCACAUCAACAUGGAAUGGUGCAACCAAAGUACUUCCAUCAAAUACCUUUUCAAAUACAUUAACAAAGGUUCGGAUCGUAUUUCUGCAAUCAUACAAGGUCAGGACAAAAACAACGUUGACGAGAUCAAGCAAUAUUUGGAUUGUCGAUACAUCUCCCCAAGUGAAGCAUGUUGGAGGAUCUUUUCUUAUUCUAUACAUGGAAGGAAGCCGUCUGUAGAGAGACUGUUUUUUCAUAUGGAAGGUGAAAACUCCGUGUACUACAAAGACUACGAGCAAGUUGGUGAUGUUUUACUCAAACCAAGUGUAACCGAGUCAAUGUUUACAUCUUGGUUUGAGGCAAACAAAACUUACGAGGAAGCAAGAUUGCUAACUUAUGGUGACUUUGUUUCUAAAUUUGUUUAUCAUAAAAGAAGUCGGACUUGGAAGCCAAGGAAAAGAGGAUAUACCAUUGGUCGACUCAUUCGGGUUCCUCAAAGCACUAGUGAAUUGUUUUAUUUAAGAAUGAUGCUCACUGUCACAAAGGGUCCUUUAUGCUAUAAAGACAUUAAGAAAGUUGAUGGAAAACAACUUAAAACUUUUAGGGACGCAUGCUUUGCGAUGGGAUUUCUACAAGAUUAUCGAGAAUUUGUCGAGGCGAUCAAAGAGGCGCAUCUUUGGGGUUCCGGUCCAUUUUUACGCAAGUUAUUUGUGACAAUGUUGUUAUCUUCUUCCAUGAACAGACCGGAACAUGUAUGGAGAAAGACUUGGAUGUAUUUAUCAGAUGGCAUUCUUUAUGAGCAACGCUUAAUCACAAGAAACCAAGGUCUAACAAUGAGCGAUGUCGAGCUAAAAGAAAGGACACUUAUGGCCAUUGAGACACUUUUACAAAAUAAUAAUAGGACUCUUAAAGACUUCAAGACAAUGCCAUAUCCAAAAGAUUUUGUCGUCUCCUUUACGGGAAAUAGGCUACUUUAUGAUGAACUUCAAUAUGAGGUUGUUGCUCAAAAACAAAUUUUUGAUACUUUGUAUGCUUCUCUUACAGAUGAGCAACGAAGCAUUUUUGAGGAAAUCAUGGAUGUUGUAGAAAAGCAACAAGGUGGGGUGUUUUUUUUAUAUGGCUAUGGUGGGACUGGUAAGACCUUUAUGUGGAACACUUUAUCAGCAGCACUUAGGUCCAAAAAGAAAAUUGUCUUGCCGGUUGCUUCAAGUGGAAUUGCAAGUUUGUUGUUACCAGGAGGAAGAACAGCCCAUUCUAGAUUUAAGAUUCCCGUUCCUACUUUAGAGACUUCUAUUUGCAACAUUGAAAAAAAAGAUGAUAUUGCUGAGCUUCUUAAGUUUACGGAUUUAAUCAUCUGGGAUGAGGCUCCUAUGGCUAACAAGUUUUGCUUCGAAUCUUUGGAUAAAUCCUUAAAAGAUAUCAUGAGUGUAUUUGGUAAACCAUCUAAAAAAAUCUUUGGAGGUAAGGUUGUUGUUUUUGGUGGUGACUUCAGAAAAAUUCUCCCUGUUAUACCAAGAGGUACUAGAUCUGAUAUUAUCCAUGCAACAAUUAAUGCUUCUUAUAUUUGGGAUCAUUGUAAAGUAUUGAGACUUACAAAGAAAAAUAUUGGAGAUGGGACCAUGUGUGAACCUAAUGAUGGUUAUGCUGAUAUCUGUAUUCCAGAUGAGUUCAUUAUUUCAAACUUUACAGAUCCUAUUCAGGCCAUUGUUGAAGAUACCUACCCUGAUCUCAUUCAUAAUUAUCUUGAUUCCAAUUAUCUUCAAAGUCGUGCGAUAUUAGCUUCAACAAUCGAAGUAGUUGAUGAUAUCAACCAAUAUAUCACUAACCUUCUUCCAGGUGAAGAGAGAGAAUACUUUAGUAGUGAUUCCAUUGAUAGAUCAGAUGUAACUAACUUUGAUGCAUAUGAGCAUGUGACACCAGAGUUUUUGAACGCUCUUAAAACCUCGGGAUUGCCUAACCAUUCAAUCAGGUUGAAAGUCGGGGCCACUAUUAUGUUAAUGCGCAACCUAGAUCAGUCAGAGGGCUUGUGCAACGGCACACGACUAACUGUAACCAGACUUGCUGCCCAUGUCAUUGAAGCCAAGAUCAUUUCUGGAAAAAAUAUUGGUAACAUCUUUUAUAUUCCUAGAAUGUCUUUAUCCCCCUCACAAUCUCCAUGGCCAUUUAAAUUGGUGAGACGCCAAUUUCCAAUUAUUGUUUCCUUUUCCAUGACUAUUAACAAGUCACAGGGCCAGUCACUUGACAAUGUGGGAUUGUAUUUGCCAAAGGAAGUUUUUAGUCAUGGGCAAUUGUAUGUCGCUAUCUCAAGAGUCAAAUCCAAAAAGGGUUUGAGGAUUCUUAUUCAUGACAAAGAGAAACAACCUAUGCUCUCUACCACCAAUGUUGUUUUCAAGGAAGUCUUUCAUAACAUUUAA